AUGGCCAGGAAAAAAGUGACUCUUGCAUGGAUCUCCAACGACGCAAAACGGCGAGCAACGUUAAAGAAACGCCGUAACGGUCUCUUCAAAAAGGUCAACGAGCUCUCCACUCUUUGCGACGUCCCGGCCUGCGCGAUCGUCUACGCGCCCGACGAGGCACAGCCCGAGGUGUGGCCCAUGGAGCCGGAGGCAAAGAGGAUUCUAGAGCAUCUAAAGGCGAUGCCAGAGAGCGAGCAGAGGAAGAAGAGGGUGAAUCAAGAAGGAUUCGCCAUGCAGAGGAUGGUGAAGCUUGAGGAGCAGAUCUUUAAGCAGCAGCGAGAGAUCAGGGAGCUAGAGAUGAAGAUUGUCAUGCAUCAGUGCACUGCUGGUCGAAAAUUGGUGGAUUUGGGGAUUGAGGAUCUGGGAAUUUUAGAGAGAUUGGUUGAUGAUACGUUGAAAGACGUGCAUGAAAGAAUAGUUCAAGUCAGAAACCUUAAUCCUAAUCUUAACUCUAACCCUGACGCUAUAAUAGUACGGGAAGAGAAGCCCAUCAUGAUGAUGGAUGGAUGUCAUGGCGGAGGUGGUGGGUAUUUGGAUGAUGUGGUCAUGAAGAAGCCAUGCAUGGGAUCAUAUGAGAACAUGUUAGCUUUGAUGGAUGCAUCAUCCUUUUAUCCUUUUUGAUGGAUGCUGGCUUGAUUGUUUAAGGGUGUCUUAAUUUGCGUUCGUGCUUUGGUUUUA